AUGCUAGCAGCCUGGAAUGUUCGUUCACUUUUAGAAAUUAGGAAGAGCAACCAGCCGGAAUGGAAGAUAGCGCUAGCGGCUCGGGAACCGGCGCGUUACAAGGUGGAAAUCGCCGCACUGAUCGAGGCCCGGUUCUCCGAUCAAGGCCAACUGGAGGAGGUGGGUGUCGGCUACACCUUUUUCUGGAGCGAUCGCUCCAGGACAUAGUGACGAGACGCGGGUAUCGCCUUCGCCAUCCGGAAUGACAUCAUGGAACGACUGGUCUCUCUUCCGCAGGGCAUCAACGAUCGCCUGAUGAGCCUCCGUCUGCCUCUCUGGGGAGGUAAAUUCACCACUAUCAUCUGCACCUACGCUCCGCCGAUGACCAGCCCUGACGCUGCAAGAGACAAAUUCCACGAGGAGCAGCACGCCCUCCUGGCAACUGUGCCAGGACAUGCUGGUGACAAAGGCGAUUCCGGGUGCUGGCGUGUGGACCGACCAUUGCCUUGUCAUCUCGAAGAUGAGGAUCCGCCUACAGCCUUGCAGGAGACCUCAAGGUAAGCGACCCCCCAGGUGAGCUGAAUAAUGCCUUGUUGUCUUUGCCUGUUCACCAUGUCCAUUUCAUCAAUGAGUUUGCUCGACGGUUAAACAACCUUCCAAUCGAUGCCGCUGCCGCCGCCGCCGCUGCCAUUGACGAGAACGCCUCCGUGAAGAACCGAUGUUGUCAACUGCGGGACACAGUCCGGUCGACGACACUGGCCGUCCUCGGUCGCGCAUGCCGACAACACCAAGACUGGUUCGACGAUAGCGACGCCGCCAUCAGCAACCUGCUCGCCAAGAACCGCCUACACAAAGCCUACGUCGACCACCCCAUUGACGACAACGGAGCUGCUUUCUACGGUAGUCGUCGCCUCGUUCAACAGCGACUGCGCGAGAUGUAA